AUGACCGAAAAAGUCCAAGAAGAGCUCCCGGUAGAAGUCAAUGGCGUCGAAAUACCAGUUGACAUAUCAAAGCCCAAUCCCAAUGGUAUAGAAUUCGACAACUUGUACCUGGACAUGAACGGAAUUGUUCACCCAUGCUGUCAUCCAGAGGACAAG